AUGCGCCCCUCGACCCCUUCGUCCUCCUCCCCCACCUUCACGCGCAACCUCGCCCUGGCUCCCUCGCACAAGCCUGUACUGACUGCCCGCACUCGCCUACAGGAACUCGCAUUCACCGACAAGGUCGUCAUCGUCACGGGAGCCGGAGGAGGGCUCGGUCGUGCCUACACGCUCUUCUUUGCCUCGCGCGGCGCCAAGGUCCUCGUCAACGACCUCUCGCGCGACAACGCCGACAAGGUGGUCGCCGAGGUCAAGGCGGCCGGCAAGGGCGACGCCAUCGCCAACUACGACUCGGCCACCGAGGGCGACAAGAUCGUCAAGCAGGUCGUCGACAAGUGGGGCCGCGUCGACAUCCUCAUCAACAACGCCGGCAUCCUGCGCGACAAGUCGUUCAAGUCGAUGACCGACAAGGAGUGGGACAUUGUCCAGGAGGUCCACGUCAAGGGCGCCUACGCGUGCACCAAGGCGGCGUGGCCCAUCAUGCGCAAGCAGAAGUUCGGCCGCAUCGUCAACACGGCGUCGGCAGCGGGCAUCUACGGCAACUUUGGCCAGGCCAACUACUCGGCGGCCAAGAUGGGCCUCGUCGGGUUCGCCAAGACGCUUGCUCGCGAGGGCGCCAAGUACGGCAUCCACGCCAACGCGAUCGCCCCUGUCGCCGCGUCGCAGAUGACCGAGACGGUCAUGCCGCCCGAGAUGCUCGCCCAGCUCUCGCCCGAGAUGAUCGUGCCGCUCGUCGCCUACCUGUCGCACGAGUCGACGACGGUCAACGGCCAGCUGUUCGAGGCCGGCGCGGGCUGGUACGGCCGCGUCCGGUGGGAGCGCACCAAGGGCCACGUGUUCAAGACGGACAAGUCGUUCACGCCGGCCGCCGUCAAGGCCGCGUGGGACACGAUCAACGACUUUACCGACGCCGACCACCCGGAGAACAUCACCGACGCCGACUACCUCGGCUACCUCGAGAAGGCCAAGCAGCUGUCGACCAACAAGCAGAGCGACGAGGUCCGCUUUGACGACAAGACGGUCCUCAUCACGGGCGCCGGCGCCGGUCUCGGUCGCGCGUACGCCCUCAUGUUCGCCAAGGGCGGCGCCAACGUCGUCGUCAACGACAUGAGCGCCGACAACGCCAACAAGGUCGUCGACGAGAUCAAGACUGCUGGCGGCAAGGCGGUUGCUGUCGUUGCCUCGACCCUCGAGGGCGAGAAGCUCGUCAAGGCGUCGGUCGACGCGUUCGGCGCCCUCCACACCAUCAUCUGCAACGCCGGCAUCCUCCGCGACAAGUCGUUCGCGGCCAUGACCGAGCCCGAGUGGGACGCCGUGUACGCCACCCACCUCAAGGGCACCUACGCCGUCGCCAAGGCCGCGUGGCCCCUGUUCCAGAAGCAGCGCUACGGCCGCAUCGUCACGACCGCGUCCUCGGUCGGCGUGCACGGCAACUUUGGCCAGGCCAACUACUCGACGGCCAAGUCGGCCAUCAUCGGCCUCACGCGCACGCUCGCCAUCGAGGGCAAGAAGUACGGCAUCCAGGCCAACGUCCUCGUCCCCAACGCCGGCACGAGCAUGACGGCGACGAUCUGGCCCGAGGAGAUGGUCAAGGCGUUCGCGCCCGACUUUGUCGCGCCCGUCGUGUGCUACCUCGGCAGCGAGGCGUGCGACACGACGAUGGGCCUGUACGAGGUGUCGGGCGGGUGGUGCGCGAGCCUGAGGUGGCAGCGCAGCUAUGGGUACGCGUUCCCGGUCAACAAGAAGGUCCAGGUCGAGGACGUCGCCGCCAAGUGGGACACGAUCACGCGCUUCGACGACAAGGCGACCAACCCCAACUCGACGGCCGAGUCGCUCGAGGCCAUCGUGUCCAACUUUGCCAACGAGGCCGACGGCUCGGACGACAACGACGGCGCCGACUACACCGACCCCGAGGACAGCGAGCUCGUCGCCGACGCCAAGAAGACGGCCCACUCGAGCGGCUCGUACGACUACACCGAGCGCGACAUCGCCCUGUACAACCUCGGCAUCGGCGCCACCGAGAAGGACCUCGACCUCGUCUUCGAGGGCGACGACGGCUUCAAGCCCGUUCCGACUUUCGGCGUCAUUCCGCAGUUCGCCGUCUCGUCGGGCCUUUCUCUCGACUGGCUCCCCAACUUCUCGCCGAUGAUGCUCCUCCACGGCGAGCAGUACCUCGAGAUCAAGAAGCCGAUCCCAACCUCGGGCUCGCUCGUGAGCGAGUCGCGCCUCGCCGAGGUCCUCGACAAGGGCAAAGCGGCCGCUGUCACGACCGUCACGCAGACCAAAGACGCGUCGACGGGCGAGGUCGUGUUCGAGAACCACUCGACCGUCUUCAUCCGCGGCGCCGGCGGGUUCGGCGGCCGCAAGACGGGCAAGGACCGCGGUGCGGCGACGGCCCUCAACAAGCCGCCCUCGCGCAAGCCUGACGCCGUCGUCGAGGAGAAGACGCUGCCGCAGCAGGCCGCCAUCUACCGCCUGUCAGGGGAUGCGAAUCCCCUGCACGUGGACCCGGACUUUGCCAAGGUCGGCGGCUUCGACUCGCCCAUCCUGCACGGCCUGUGCUCGUUCGGCAUCUCGGGCAAGCACAUCUUCCGCAAGUACGGCCCGUACCGCGACAUCAAGACUCGCUUCAGCGGCGUAUUGUACCCGGGCGAGACCCUCAUCACCGAGAUGUGGAAGGAGGGCAACCGCAUUGUCUUCCAGACGAAGUGCAAGGAGCGCGGCACCCUCGUCCUCGCCGCCGCCGGCGCCACCCUCGUCGAGUGAGCUCCCGAGCGCGCUCGAGCCUCCCUCCCUGCCUUCCUCGUCGUCGUCCUCGGGCGCAUCUCUUCCCUCGCCUUUCUCUCCCUACCUCCCUCCUCCCUUCCACUCUCCCUCCCUCC